UUAUUCAAAUUCUCACACAAAAGUAGACUAUUUUCUGUUCGACAGUAUGCGUAAAAGAAAGCAAUCCUCCGCCGAAUCACCCAAAACAACCGUGAACAGUAGCGGCGGCGCCGGAAAGAGUCCAUUUCCGGAUCAUUCUCGGCCGACCCAUGAAGAAUGCUUGUCGGUAAGAGAUGAGCUCUUGUCCCUCCACGGAUUCCCCCCAGAAUUCUUGAAAUAUCGCAAUCAAAGAUUGGAAGCAAAAUCCCAACUCAAAAAGGCCAAGCCUUUGGAAGAUGAGGGAGAAAAGGAUGGAAUUGAGAGUGUUUUGGAUGGUUUAGUGAAAACCAUACUGUCUCAAAACACCACUGAGCUUAAUUCUGAUAGGGCUUUUGCUUCACUCAGGAAAGCUUUCCCCACUUGGCAACAUGUUCUUGAGGCGGAGUCCAAACAUGUCGAGGAUGCAAUAAGAUGUGGAGGUCUUGCUCCAACAAAGUCUUCAUGUAUAAAGAACUUGUUGAGUGUGUUGCUUGAGAAAAGAGGGAAAUUGUGCAUGGAGUAUUUGCGAGAGAUGUCCGUCGAGGAGGUCAAGAAAGAGCUUUCUCUUUUGAAAGGAAUUGGUCCCAAAACCGUGUCAUGUGUCCUGCUGUUUAAUUUACAACACGACGAUUUCCCUGUGGACACACAUAUUUUCCAAAUAGCUAAGAGAAUGGGUUGGGUACCUGGUGUUGCCGAUGUCAAGACCACAUAUCUCCAUCUCAAUCAGCGGAUUCCACCCGAACUGAAAUUUGAUCUUAACUGUCUUCUGUAUACUCAUGGUAAGGCUUGUCGGAGAUGCUCUUAUAGGAAAGUAGGCAAGAAAAAUAAGGAAGCUGAAAACGGAGACUGUCCUUUAUUAGCUUACUCUGAAGAAUGUAAAAUUGAAAAUGAAAGUUCUAAUUUGAUUUAGUCCAUGUUUUCUUUGUUCAUCAACUGCUAGUUAACCUGAAGUUAUUUUGUCAAGUAAUAGUCUUUAUUAACUAGUUGUCGACCUUGAUUGAAGGGUUAA